GUGUAAAAGAGAUAAAGUGAUAAUCAGGUAGAUCACUCUCUCUCUCUCUCUCUCUCUCUCUCUCUCUCUCUCUCUCUCUCGUCAUUCUAAUACAUUUGGUUAAUGUUCACCCUACGGUAGGGUUCAAAAGUCAAGUAUUUAUGUGAAACAGACAAACCAGUAAAAACCAAGGAACUCAAACCGGGAGAUCUGAGCUAAGAAAGACAACAGAGGGGAAACCAUGAUCACAAUCACUGAGUUUCAGAAAAUCGGUGUGGGUUUGUCAGGGUUCGGCAUGUUCUUUGUGCUGUUUGGAAUACUGCUGUACUUUGACUCGGUCCUGUUGGCGUUUGGUAAUAUUCUGUUUCUGUCUGGUCUGGCCUUCAUCAUUGGUUUAAGGAGGACAGCCCACUUCUUUUUCCAGAGACAGAAGCUCAGAAGCUCCGCCUUCUUCCUAGGAGGCGUGGCUUUAGUUCUACUAAGAUGGCCUCGCAUUGGCAUGCUAGUGGAGACCUAUGGCUUUGUGCUCCUAUUUAAGUCUUUCUUUCCAAUGGCCUUUGGAUUUCUCGCAACAGUCUUGAACAUUCCCUUUUUAUCUACGAUUUUAAACAGGUUAUCUGGAAGUAGUUCUUCAAUGGUGUAAAAGUUGUGUGGUUUAUUUUAUUUUAAUAUUUUAGCCAUUGUUUAAUCUUUAUAAUAACAUGCCCUACUAUAUAAUAACUUAAGAAUGCUAUUUUUGUGUUCAUUUAUUUUAAAUACAUAUCUUUUUCUAUUAAAAAAAAAAUAUAUAUAUAUAUA